CUGCACAUUUUUUCCUCUACAGGCUCCUCGGCUUGCUGAAGUCUUCUGUGUGUGCCACUUGGCAACAGGGGACAUGCUGAGGGCUAUGGUGGCUUCUGGCUCAGAGCUGGGGAAGAGACUGAAGGAGACGAUGGAUGCUGGAAAGCUGGUGAGCGAUGAAAUGGUGGUGGAGCUGAUUGAGAAAAACCUGGAGACACCUCCCUGCAAAAACGGCUUUCUUUUGGAUGGGUUCCCUCGUACGGUGCGGCAAGCAGAGAUGCUGGAGGAGCUGAUGGAGAAAAGAAAAGAGAAACUAGAUUCUGUCAUUGAAUUCAACGUCUCUGAUUCCUUACUCAUCCGGAGAAUUACUGGAAGGCUGAUCCACCCAGGCAGUGGCCGUUCAUACCACGAAGAAUUUAACCCUCCCAAGGUCCACAUGAAGGACGAUGUUACCGGGGAGCCCUUGAUGCGUCGGACAGAUGACAAUGAAGUAGCACUGAAAACUCGCUUGAAGGCUUACCAUGACCAGACAGUGCCCCUGGUUGACUAUUACUGCAAGCGCGGGAUCCACACAGCCAUCGAUGCUUCCCAGUCCCCUGAUGUGGUGUUUGCCAGCAUCCUGGCAGCUUUCUCAAAAGCAACAUGUAAAGACCUGGUGAUGUUUAUUUAGAGCUCUCCUGUCUGGCACUUCUUUCUCCUUUCCUGUUGGUCUUCUAGGGUCAGCAAGCAAGCAAGAGCUGUGGGAGUGGGUGCAAAUUUCCCGAGAAAGAAGGCUGCUUAGACUUUCCAUUAAACAUGCACACGACUCUCAUUUGUAUGUAUGCACAUUUUGCUCUACAGAAACAUGUCCCAGCCUGUGUGUGUGCUAACAGCCUGCAGGGGGUGCAGUGGACCAGCGCUCCCCUUUCUGGAAUCUAGAGACAGGAUUACAUCUGCUCAUUCGGUAGUGGAAGUGUUUUCACAUUUGUCAGGGAGUCAUGCUUAAAUUGGAAAAUGGCAGGCGUUUCUCCUCUGCCUGCAUGGUGGCUAGCCUGGUGUAGGAGUUCUGAAGGUCACGGAUAUGUGGUCGGAAGAAGGAAAGUGCCUGGCUGGCCCAGUUGUGAGUCCUUGGCUCUCUGAAGGAAGUAAAAUGCUGUGUCAGGUUAAAGGACUAUAAAAAGUUGGAUGUCUGCACCUUAUGGAAGAACAGGCCUCAGGUAGCUGCUUCUGCUUCCUGCUUUUUUCUUCUCUCUCUCUCUCUCUUUUUUUUUUUUUUUUUUUGAUCUGUGCCAAGUGCAGGUGCAGCCACAAGAGCACAGGAGCUCUCCAGAGCAUUCCAUGCUCCUUAUUGUCCAUUAUCAUGUGGGAACAUGAGCACUGUUUCCUGUGCAGAGUUCACUACCUUCAUUUUUGCUUCCCUUAUUUUUUAAGCUUCUAGGGUAUGUGACCAUUAGCAGUUUUAAAAACAGAAUGACAUUGGUCAGGGAAUAAGUCUUUAUGCUCUUCGUGGCUAAUAAAAAACCAACAAAUUACAUACAAUAGGGUAAUAGGUGAGGUUUUUAUUGUGAAAUCACCCUGGUUCAAGCCUGGCAUUUUUUCUGGUGGUCUGGGCUGCCACUGGUAUGCAGCCCUCUCAGGUUCUUUCCCCAACUCUUCUGUCUCUUCUUGCCAGAAAGUUAAGAUGGCCCUUUGCCUUGCUGUGCUGGCAGCCUCCUGUCUGGAAGCUCCUUUGGUUUGAGGGGGCAUAUUUCGCGUUUAGAAACAGACACAAAGAAAUGGGCCUUGCAAGUUCUUUGGUGCGGAAAACCUCCUUUUGCUUCUGCCUCUGAGACACUGGUGAUGUCUUGCUAGCUGGGAUUAGGAACCCUCCCUCGAGCAUGAGCAACUUUCUCUGCCCCAGGAAUCCUCCGAGGUCUGUUAGAGGAGAGAGGGGAGUGCUGUCGGUGCCCUGGCAGGGGUGGAGAAACAUCUCGGCAGCGAGGGAGAUGGUUGCUGCCUUGCUAGGUCUGGCCAAGGUCCUUUUAGCCCUUUGUGGCAGGUCCAGUGUCUCUUGUUCUCUCUCAUACACACAGCCUUCCAGAUUUACUGUGUUUUGUCUCAAUUUAUCAUAUAAACUUCUGGGGAAAAUAUUGUGAAGGGUGGUAGAGAAGCCCCUUAAAAAAGGAAUAGCUCAGUCCUUUUCUCUGUCGCAUCGCUUUUAUAUCUCUGCCUGCCCUGCCUGCAUGAUCCAUUUUGUAUUUUUAAGGACCAUUUUUUCUCUAUAUUUGUCUUCAUUGCAGCUGCAUGAAUCCAGGAGGCGGACAGGACAGGACAGCAUCAAGCACUGCAUCACCCCAUCCUUUUGCCCUCCAGACAGAGGGUGUGUGUGUGGGAGGGAGGAGGCAUGAUAGGAAAUAUGAUAUGAUAUGGGCGGGAAGGCUGCAGGGAGUUGGGGGUUUCUCACCAGAAUCUCUCUUGAGAAUAUCUGUGUUUUUAACAAGGCAAAAUGGCGUUCGUGAAAGAAAAUAUGCAAAUCAUGUUAAAAUGGGUCUGAGGGGUGGAUGGCUUUUCUUGGAAGUUUGAGUACACAAGUUUGUACUGGGAAAUCAAUUGUAAAGUGGUAGCAAAAGGGGUGUUUUGGGGGUUUUUAAUCAUCUCAAACCCAGGUUUUUUAAAAAAAAUCUUUCCAAUGAUUUAGAAAACUUUUUGCAAAGGUCCAGGCUUUCCCAGCCUGGUGCUUGCUAGACGCCUUAAGUGGCAAGUCCCAUAAUUCGCAGCCCACAGAAUCUAACACUGGCAGUGUCUCCAGCCAUGCAUGAAUCACAGCUCUGGCCUUGCCCCCUCCCAUGUGGGGCUGGCUCAUUCAGCAUCAGGUGUGAGUAGCUUUUUCCAUUACUCCUGGUGCAGAGGCGCUGCUGAAUUUGGCACCUGCGUUUCAGGCAGGUGUGUCCAGAGCAUUGACUCAAGUGGCAAGACAAUUUGGGGAUAGGGGGAGAACCAUGACUCCAAUUUUAAUUUGGGUAAAGUUUGCCUUUGGUGUUGGGACAGUGCCAUUGUAGGGAGCGCUUCUCUUUUCAGAAAGCCUUUAGGAAUCGGUGUCGGAGGCCUUCCUCUGGAUGUGGGGUACAAAAAGGGCAAAGCCAAGAGCCCCUUUUCUCACUCUUAAUGAGACCUCUUUGGAGAGCACAUUUGCUUCUCCCAGUUUUUUCACUUGCCGUCUUUGAGAGACCACCUGCUGCUUCAAUAAAAUGGUUGUCGGUUUUGGAUCUGAGCAAUUUA